CAACCACAACACGACACACGAAAAAUGAAGCUCUACGCCCUCACCACACUGCUCCUGUCGACCACGGCCGCCGUGGCCACCACCCUCCGCGGCGCGAUCGUGCCCUCGCCGCACCUUCCCAACCCCUCGCUGCUGCUCGCCGACACGACCUUAACACUCACGACCUCGUACUCCACACACCGCACGCUGCUGCACGCCGACAACACGUUCGUCUUCCGCAACCUAUCCUCGGGGUCCUACCUAUUGGAAACCCUCUCGUCAACGCACCACUUCGCGCCCUACCGCGUCGACGUCUCCUCCAGCAAUCCAGCGGCAAUCUCGGUAACGCAGACGUUCCGCGGCAACGCGUGGGAUAAUACCGGCGAGCGCCUCAACGCCCUCGAGGUCCGCGCCGUCGGGAGGAAGGAGCACUUUAUCACCCGAGAGGGGUUUAGUCCCCUCAAGAUGCUGGGGUCGCCGAUGAUACUUAUCGCCAUCGUCUCGCUGGCCAGUAUUGUUGUGCUGCCGAAGGUGCUGGAUAAAAUGGAUCCGGAGUUUAAGGCAGAGUUCCAGGCGCAGUCGAAGCGGGGCCCUAUCGGAUCUGGCGCGGAGAAUCCGCUCAAUUUUGAUGUGGCUGGGUUUUUGUCGGGUAGUAGCAGUGGCGGUGGGAGCGGGAGUGCACCGGCGGCGGCGGCAGCACCGUCGACUCCUGCUGCGGGUGGGAAAGGGGGGAAGAGGAGAUGAUCAUACUACUAUCGUGGGCGAGCGUUGGAGGGCGUUGGGCGUUAAGAGUUGGGGAAGUAAUGAUGCAGUUUAGAAUGGAUGUUUCGGCAUAGAAGAUAUCGUUUAUGGACUCGGGAUGAUCUAUGGUCCUGCACAAGUGAGAGAGAGAGAUGGUGGACGGAGAGAUGGGGGCGGUACAUACAUGCGAGUACAUGGCUGCUCACUCGAUGGCAGACGACAAUCGACAGUCCUUUUCUCCAAAACAACUAGGAGUAUCCGUCACUGCCGAUGUCAGAUCCCAUGGACGUGAUGGAUGAGACCUAUUCCGGUGCCGUAUGUGUUCUCUGGAGGUUCAGCUGUGCAUGUGGGUCCCCGCCGGAUAUAUGUACACCCGGUUUGUAUAUCCGACAGGACAAGCUGAGG